AUGAUCCGCAAGAAAGCGUCUGCUCUGAGUCCAGCCGAUGCCAGCCUCCUACUCAGCGUGUCAAAGAGCUGCUCCGGGGCCCACUUCAGCGAUGCCGGAGCCGUUCGAAAUGGGGCCUCCACCGGUAGCUUCGAUGCGGAAGAGGAAGAUACGGUCUACAUUUACGGCAGAGACGGUUAUGAUUCUUCCAGCAGCCCCAGAGGAAAUUACUUCAGAGAUGGGAAAACCAAGAUCGAUUUCGUGCUGGUUUGGGAGGAGAAAGCCUGUCCCUCGAAGAAGAGGCGUGGCAAACAGCUGCACCGUCAGGGCGAGGCGGCGGCAGGCGCAAGAGCUGGCUGGGACCAACGCUACGGGCGACACGAGAGAUGGAAGCGGAAAUUCCUCAAAAAUCUGCGGAACACUGGCCUCUUGAUGGAGAAGGAGGAGACCCAGAGCGAACACAAGAGCAUCCACUACCUGAAGCUCAGCACCCCGUGGGAGGUGCUGGUGUAUUACGCCGAGGAGCUGUGCAUGCGAGCGCCUCUCCAAGCUCACCCCAACCCAGACAGAAAUAGUUCCGACGACCUGCUUCGGAAGCUGCGCAUCCCCAACCUCAUGGACCAGAGGGUGCCUAACAAGCCCGUGGACUACUACACCUGUGCCUUCCGCAAGUCCAAGCUCGACAGGUUCCUGGGCAGUGAUCUGCACGACAGCUACUUCACCAAUACGCAAAGGCAUCGCAUCGUGUAUGAAAUCUUGGCACGGACGAUUUACGGGAAACGGAAGCACGCCGAAGUAGGCAUCGACCGGCUGCUGAACGAAGGGGUCUAUUCCGCCGCUUUCCCGCUGCACGAGGGCCCCUAUGAGCUCCCGGACUUUGAGGUGCUGAGCGAAGAGCUGAACCCCCGGCAGAUCCUGUACCGUUUUUGGGCCCGCUGGGCCUGCUGGUACAAGUAUCAACCCCUCGACCACAUCCGGGAAUAUUUUGGAGAGAAGGUGGCCAUCUACUUUGCCUGGCUGGGCUUCUACACAGCCUGGCUGAUCCCAGCCGCAGCCAUUGGCAGCUUUGUGUUCCUCGCCGGCCUCUUCGUCCUGGACACCAACGUGCCAGCGAAAGAGGUCUGCAAGAGUGGGGGAGACUUCCUCAUGUGCCCUCUGUGCGACACUUGUGGCAACUGGAACCUCUCCGAGAUCUGCCCCAUGGCAAAGCUUGGGUACCUCUUUGACCAUCCGGGGACCGUUUUCUUCAGCAUCUUCAUGUCCUUCUGGGCUGUGACGUUCCUGGAGUAUUGGAAGCGGAGAAACGCCACGCUGGCUCACCACUGGGACUGCAUGGACUUCCAAGAAGAGGAGGAACGUCCUCGCCCGGAGUUUGCUGCUAUGGCCCCUUGCCUGGAACAGAACCCCAUCACAGGCUUGAAGGAGCCCUAUUUCCCUAAGCACGACCGGCUAUCACGCAUCCUGACCGGGUCCAUGGCUAUCGUCAUCAUGCUCUGCGUGGUGAUGAUCUUUUUGGUGUCGGUGAUCAUGUACCGGGGGAUUGUCAGCACCGCCAUGUACCACACUGGAAACAGAGUUCUGAUGACACAGGCAGGUAACAUUGCGAAUAUCAGCAGCUCCAUGGUGAACCUGGUGCUCAUCCUUCUCAUGAGCCAGGUCUACACCUCCUUGGCCGAGAAGCUUACCAGAUGGGAAAUGCACCGGACUCAGACGCAGCACGAGGACGCCUUUACCUUCAAAGUUUUCAUUUUCCAGUUUGUGAACUUCUACUCGUCUCCUUUCUACGUGGCAUUCUUCAAAGGCAGCAGGUUUGUGGGCUACCCUGGCCGAUACGGACAGCUCCUGGGCAUGAGGAAUGAAGAUUGCGGUCCUGGCGGGUGCCUGAUCGAAUUGGCCCAGCAGCUGUUCAUCAUCAUGGUUGGGAAGCAGAUUGUCAGCAACGUCCAGGAGUUCUUUGUUCCCAAGCUGAAGGCUUGGCACCAGAAAAGGAAGCUGGCCAAGGUGCGAGGAGGGCAGAUCUGCCAGGAGCCCAAACGGUGGGAGGAAGACUAUGAACUGAUUGAAUGCGAAGGCCUGUUUGAGGAGUACCUGGAGAUGGGUGAGCAGGAAGGGAGGAGUCAAGGCGACCGGGGCGAGAAGCGCCUGCUCAAUAACUGGGUCGAGAUCCGUCUGGACGCCCAGAAAUUUGUCUGCGAGUACCGCCGUCCCGUGGCUGAGCGUGCCCAGGACAUCAGUGUUUGGUUCUUUUUCCUUGAGGUCUUGGCACAAAUCUCCGUCGUUGUCAACGCCUUUCUCAUUGCCUUCACCUCGGACUUCCUGCCACGGCUCCUGUACCAAUAUGAGUAUGACAGCCAUCUCCACGGCUAUGUGAACUUCACCCUGGCUUACUCCCCACCCGCUUACGUGAACAGCAACCAUACCAUGUGCAGGUACAAAGCCUUCCGCGAUGCUCACGGGAACUACACCCUGUUUUACUGGAAACUCCUGGCCAUUCGCCUGGGCUUCAUCAUCGCCUUUGAGCACGUGGUCUUCUUCUGCUUGCGCCUGAUUGACUGGCUUGUUCCGGACAUCCCCAAGUCCCUGGAAGUGAAGAUCAAGAGGGAGCGUUACCUAGCCAAGCAGGCCCUGGCCGACCACCAGGAGGCGCUGCUGACGACGGUGAGUCCCGACUCUUCUUCCAGCAGCCCAGCAAGCAGCUUUUUAUCCAGCAGUAUGAAUUAG